CUGGGUGGCAGCAGAGCAGGGGCGGGGCCCUGGGGGUGUAUGUAGGCUUUUAAAGGCUCCCCAGGGUUGCUCUCCAGCUCCUAGCUCACUGUCUGCCAGCUCCCAGCACUCCUGUCACCAUGUGGUUCCUGGCCCUGUGCCUGGCAAUGUCCCUGGGGUGGACUGCCACAUACAUUGGCAAUUUCCAGUGUGCAGACCUCAAACUCCUACCCAAAGAUGUAUGUGCCAAGGCCUGUUCCCAGAAGAUGACAGAUCAAAUGUUGUGCGCUGAGCCUUUGGAGACCAUCAGUGACAGCUGUCUGGCCACCAGCAUUGAUGGAUCAGGAGAUUUCAAGCUUCUCUUGAAGAAUCAAUAUCACGUUUGCAUUCCCACGGACAUAAUCCAUCAUCAGCAGGCUGAGUGGCCACUAUCCUAGGGGCAGCCUGCGGGUUUCCUGGCCCACACCCAGAGGCUUCCCUCAUUUACAUUACCUGCCUGACCCUAGGAGGCAGCAGAGUUCAUGACCCCAGUGGGGAAAAAGAGAGAACACAUGGAUACAGACUCAGACAUAGAGAGAUCAGAGGAAAGCAAGCCGCAGAAAACAGUAAUGGUCAUACACUGAAAUCAUAAUCAUACAGCAUCUACAUAUAGACCUACUUAUAGAUUAUACAAACAGUUCUUUUUUAAUAUUUUAUUUAUUUAUUUGAGAGAGAGAAGAUAGAGACAGAGCGUGAGUAAGUAAUGGGGAGGAGGCAGAGGGAGAGGCAGAAGCAGACUCCUUGCUGAGCAAAGAGCCCAAGAGGGGCUCGAUCCCAGGACCCCAGGAUCCCAGGACUCCAGGAUCAUGACCUAAGCUGAAGGCAGACACUUAACCGCUGGGCCACCCAGGCGCCCCCAGACAAUUCUUACUUUGUUCCAGGCACUAUUCUAGGUUCCUCACAAGUGUUAAUUGGUGUAACGUCCUUAACGUCCUAUGAAAUAGGAACUAUUAUCACCCCUACUGUAUAGAUGAGAAAAAUAAAGCACAGAGAAGCUAAGAGCCAUUUGUGGUGGUAGAGCUGGGAUCCAAACUCUCAUUGGCAUACAACCCCAAUGUGUGUGCCUAACCACUAGGCAACACUGCCCCCUUGUGGAGCCAGACACACAUACAAGGAGAGUUAGAGGGUGUGGGGGUAAGGGACAAAGGAGGAGCCCCAAGUUCUGCAAGGUGAGCCUCAGCAUCCGGUGCUGGUGCUAGACAGGGAACAGAGGUGCCGGUGUACCCCAGGUGGUGGCAGGAGGAGGUGGCCACCUGGGCCUUGUCCUUGGUCCUGAUCUUGGGUCUCUCAGGUUCUAAAGGGAAGGAUUGAGAGUGUGGCAUCUGGGGUCAGACCUACUUCAGUGAGACACUGGGCAAGAGAUGGAAUAUUUCUGCCCCAGCGUUCAGCCACUGUUAUCUCCAAGUAUUGCCACCAAUUUAAUGAUUUAAUAAGUCAGAGAAAUUGGGGCCCCUGUGUGGCUCAUUUGGU